AUGAAUAUUGCACGAACAAGAAAGACAUACAAGGCAAUUUGUAGCUUAGUUGUGUUCAUGGAAGUUACACUCCACAGCUCGAACAAUGCUAUAAACCCAAGCGGCAUUCAAAAUCCAAAUCCAUUUGAGAGUGUUCAUCAAGCAGCUAUUAGAGGUUCUGGGAAUAGGCCACAGACAGUGCAUUCCUCACACUAUAGCUUUGAGAGGUAUCCUGAGAAUGAAACUAAAAUAUCUAUGCCUUUCAAAGACAUUACAUCUAUUGACAGCAAUAUCAAGAGACUAGUGAAUCUAGAGAAACUAUGUCUCCGAAAUAACAAGUUAAAGCUAUUGCCAGCUGAGAUAGGAGAGUUGAAGAAUCUACAGGAGCUUCAUCUCAGUGGUAACAAAUUAAAGUCAUUGCCAGCCGAGAUAGGAAGAUUGGAGACUCUUCAGAAACUUCAUCUCAAUCUUAACAAACUAAAAUCAUUACCAGCUGAAAUAGGAAAGUUGAAGAAUCUACAAUAUUUGUAUCUCGAUUAUAACAAGCUAAAAUUAUUGCCAGUUGAGAUAGGAGAGAUGAGGAAUCUACAAAAAUUGCAUCUUAGUGGUAACAAGAUCGAGAUUCUACCAGCAGAGAUAGGAAAUUUGAAGAAUCUAAAUAUACUGGAUCUUAGUAAUAACAAGUUAAAGUUAUUGCCAGCAGAGAUAGGAGAGUUGAAGAAUCUACAGG